CUGGUAUUUUGGUUCUUGGCUCUGGUCAUCUAUCGACUCUUCUUCCACCCAUUGGCCAAGUAUCCAGGCCCGAAACUGGCGGCAUGCACCGAGCUCUGGUUCGUUCGGUCAUGGGCUGGAGGGUAUCACCCUUUUGUCAUGAGGCAAGUACACGAAAAGUAUGGCGAUGUAGUAAGAGUUGCGCCAAACGAGCUCAGCUUCAGAUCUUUGGCAGCACACAAAGACAUCUACAGUCAGACCCCUAAAGGAAAAGCCCCAUUUCUGAAGAGCAAGGUCUUUUAUAACGUGGGCCCCUCCAUCAAACAUCCUGACAUUGUCUUCACAAGAGACCCCGAGGAUCAUCGCGUGCAACGGAAAGCUCUCUCUCAUGCGUUUAACUCGAAAGGUCUACGGGAUGCAGAGGAAACGAUUCAAGAGCACACCAAGCUCUUCGUAGAGCAGAUUGGCAAGCACGCCGGCCCUGGAACCAAGGGCUCUUUCGAAUCCGUGUCCCGUUGGCAAUCCAGUGGUUGGGUCACCCUCCUUCUGAAUAUGGCAAAGCACAUGACGUUUCUCCCCGUGGCAGAGAGGCUGUCCGUUCCACCCUUUGCUCUGGGUGCCGUCAUGCCCAGCGACGUCAGCAAGAAUGCCGCCUACCACGACAAGCUCACCGAGGAGAAGAUAAACAGACGGAUCGGGUUGAUCAAGUCCAACGACCGGGAGGAUUUCUUUGCAUUUAUCCUCCGCGAGGGAAACUUUGAUCCGGUCCACCUUCGGGAGCAGGCCAAGGUCUUGAUGUUGGCUGGCUCGGAGACGACGGCAACGUUCUUGGCCAUGGUUACAUACUUCUUGCUCAAGAACCCUGUGACAAUGAAGAACCUCCAACAUGAGGUGCGAUCAGCCUUCUCGUCUGCAGGUGAAAUCACCGGAGACUCUACAAACAACCUCAGCUAUCUACAAGCCGUUAUCGAGGAGGGCCUUCGAAUGCUGCCGCCAUCUCCAAUUGGCCUCCCGCGAGUCUGUCCCGGGGCGACAAUAGAUGGACACUUCGUCCCAGCGGGCACCGACGUGUCAGUUGACGCGUACGUUCUGGGACGUGACGAUCGCUACUUUCCGGAACCAGAUGAGUUCCGACCCGAGCGUUGGAUUGGCGACGACACUGGCAACGAAAAGGAUGCGAGCCGUCCAUUUUCAUUUGGACCACGUGCUUGCCUGGGCAUCAAUCUCGCAUACCUAGAGGCCAGAAUUGUUCUUGCCCACAUGGUCUACGCGUAUGAUUGGGAAUUGCCAGAGCUGUAUGUUCGCUUCCAUCCCAGGGAUGUCUGA